GCCUGCCUACUUAGACAGAAGACAGAUCAUCGGCUGUCUGAACACGCGUCAUUGUAAUUACCUCGUUACAACGCACUACAAAUCAUUACACACAUAAUGAGAACUAAGUCGCCGGAGAAACGGUCUCGGCAAAAACCGGCGAGGCAACAAGCUUACAGGGUUGAGACCGAGAGGAACCCGGAAACCACACCGCAGUAUUUUCAGAUAUCAGUGAAUGUAUUGGAAGCUCGGAAGCUGAUAUGGAUGAACCCUCACUCCGCCAACUCUUACGUCAUCGUCGUCCUUGGAAAGAAAAAGCACAGGACUACUAUACGAAGGAAUAUGGAGGAGCCCUAUUACAGAGAGUACUUCAUGUUCGAGUUGUACGUAUCUAUAAGAGAUCUACAAAGGACCAGCAUCUGGCUUGCCGUCAUGGAACCUCGGUGCUGCGCGCCUCCUCGCCUCAUGGGCGAGGCCAGUAUCGACCUGGGAGCUAUUUGGUCGCAACCAAGUAAGUGGCAUCCUAAUCUUUUGAUAACGGUUUACUCUUGCGUUUUUAUCGAAAUUGCACAAUUUCUACUGGAUUCAACCGGAUUUUUCAAACAUGAGCCGCCUUAAUUACGAUAACAUUGCGUUUUUUUUUAAAUUGCGUUACGGCAGCGCGUGAAGGGAGUGGGCCAGCUGUGCAAGUCCUGGGCUUACUCAGAUCUUAUAGUUAUUUCUCUAAUAUUAACAUAAUAUCAUCCACAGGCAAGCUGAUUCAAUCUUGUU